AUGGCACUAGCUGAGUUGAAGGAGUUGAAGACUCAAUUGCAAGAACUGUUGAGAAUAAAGGACAAGGAUGUACCGAAGGCUGCUUUUAGAUCAAGGUACGAGCAUUAUGAGUUCAAAGUGUUUCAGCCCUUUCUAGAUUCCUUUAUGGUGGUCUUUAUUGAUGUUAUUCUGGUGUAUUCCCAAGAUUCAGAGGACCAUGCUAAUCACCUACUAUUGGUGUUGGGUAAGCUGCAGGAGCAUCAGUUAUAUGCAAAACUCGCCAAUGCGAGCUCUGGCUUGAUGAAGUCAAGUUCCUUGGGCAUGUCAUCUCUCAGGAGGGUGUGGUUGCAGAUCUUAGUUAAGUCGAUGCAGUUUUGA